AUGAAUGUGAUGUUAAAGGAUGGGAAGCUGUGUGUCACAUCCAUAUUUAACACACACAAUCAUGUGUUCAGUCCAAGAAAAUCCAAGUUUUUCAGAUGCAGCAGAGAAGUUAAUGAGUCUAUUAGAAGGGUGUUGGAUACAAAUGAUCAAGCUGGCAUACAGAUGAAUAAGAGUUUCCACGCUUUUGUGACUGAGGCGGGUGGAUUUGAGAACGUACCAUUUGGAGAAAAAGAUUGUCGUAACUAUAUUGAUAAGGCACGAUACCUGCUCGUUGGUAAAUGUGGUGCUCAAAUGUUGUUUGAGUUUUUUAGAAGGAUGCAAUAUAAAAAUGUGUUUUGGACGGAUGCCCGUAGUAGAAGUGCCUGCAACUACUUUGGAGAUGUGGUAACAUUUGAUACCACAUACCUGACAAAUAAGUAUGGAAUGCCAUUUGCGGCUUUCGUGGGUGUAAACCACUAUGGACAAUCAAUCAUUUUGGGUGCAGGCCUUAUUUCAAGCGAGGAUACAGAAUCAUUUAUAUGGUUAUUUAAAACUUGA